GGAGUGGUGGCAGCAGCAGCAGUGCGGGGGUGGAGGGCAGUCCCAGGGGCAUGCAUGUGAGUGGCGUGGGCGCCACGGACUUGGCCCUCGCGGCGGCCACGGUGCUGUCGCAGCCGCAGCACUGCCGGGAGGUGCACACGCUCUUCACGGACGGCAACAGCGCCCAAAAGACAGCCGUGGAGGCUGCAGCGCUGGAGGCGGCCAGGGGGAGGCUUGCCCGGGCGAUGGGUGGAGCAGCAGGUGGGGGGGUGGGGGCAGCAGCGCCAGGUACAGCCCCAGCCAAGCCCAGUGCGGGCACUGCUGCCGCUGCAUCUGCUGCGGCGUGCCAGCGUGCACGGGAGCCGGUGAACACGCACCUCGUGGUGGCUGCCAUCACGUACCGCGCUGCUGCCCUCCUCCAGUGGCUCCGAAUCUACGGCUCAGAUUCCUUCUCGAGAAAGCACUGCUUCGAUUGCAACCCGCAGGCAUGGUCCGGCCCAUGCGCCAUCCGCUUCGGGACCUUCCGAGCCUGCUGGUCAGGCUCGGCGUCAUCCUGCAGCCGCUGGAGGGAGGAAGCUUUUCCUGGGAGUGGAAGGAGUGGCCGGAGGGCAAUGAAGCUGCUAUGAAGCUUCCUGAUGACCCGAGCACGCGGUGCUUCCUUAUGGGGGUGGUGGAGGCGAGGAGAGCUGCUGGCAGGCCCAGCAGGGGGCGAGGCGGCAGGACCAGAUGCCGGGGAGGGGUGAGCAGCGCUCUGCCAGAGCGUGUGGCGGCGGGCCACAGAGGGCUGCCCAUGGUGCAGUGCACGGCGGACGUGGACUUCCUCCAGCACGCGCUCAGCCACACGGUGGCACCGCUCGCGUGCGCGCACUGCAAGGCGUGCUUCGCCGCCUUCACCGCCGCCGUGCCCCUCAUCGCCCUCGUCGCCGCCUUGGCCUUCCGCCCCGCACAUGCGCUCGUGCAGCGCGUGGCGGCCGUGAUUGCGCCGCACUCCUCCGCCUUCAACGACCUGGCGCAGAUGUUCUUCCUCCUGUGCCUCCCCCCCACAUGCCUGGCGCCAUGGCUCUGGCGCUCCUGGAGGAGCAGGCAGACGAGGUGCCGCUGUCGCUGCUACUGAGCGUGGCCAUGGUGUGGCCCAAGGCCGUGUUUUGAGGCGCCUCAAAGCUGAGCGUGGCCAUGGCGUGGCCCAACACCGUGCUGCGCAUCCCCGAGCUGCAUGCCGUGCGCAAGGACGAGGGCGUGGCGGGCCAGCGGGCUGCAGAGAAGGCGCGUGAGAAUGAGAGGAGGGA